GUUUCGGUGAAAGUACACAGGGGCAGCGUACUGGAAGGACACUGCCACUUUGUUGCUGUGGGAGAGCUGCCUCGGGAGCCUGUAAAACCUCUGUACGGCGAUGGGCGGUCUCUGGGUAGAAUGAUCAAGGAUGCUUAGAGAAAGGUAGUCGGCAACACCGUUGUACGGAAGUUAAUCUGUUUUAAUGUUGACUGAAGGAGCACUCAUUGACAACAUUCAUCUCUACUCUGUGGUCGAGGAAUGCGGGAUCAGAACAAGUAAACACCGCUCUUUGUUAGCAGCGACUUAAUUAAUGCCGGCAGGGGGGAGCAGUGUAAGACAGAGCUCUGUUUAUGUGUCUCUGUUCAGCCGGAAAGCGCCAUUUGGAUGUGCAAUGUCUUUGAAUGACUGUUUCGUCUCAUGCUCUGGGGUGCGCUGGUAGAGCUAUUCGAUAUAGAGCGCUUGUUAAAUUGGACAGAACCGAGUCAUUCCAGGCACUCUUGAUGUGAUUCCCUGCCGAAGGCCGUGCGCAGUUGUAGAGAACAAUCAGAACUCUGUCGCCGUCUCCAAACCUAGAGAAUAACAGCGUUAACAGCGGCUCAGGAUGCAGAGGAGGUACGUUCUCGUCUAUAUUUUUUGAGCUGACAUCGGGCUGACGAAACGGGGAGAAACCUGACAUAAUCUAUCAGAUCUGUUACCUUCCGUUAGGAGCUUCAAAGGACACUACAAAACGACCUGUAUUCACUAAAAGUAUUUGUGAUUUCAGUAAACCCUCAGACAUUGUGCGGUGUAUACAAAGUAUACAUACAUAUUUCUGUAGCCCAUCAUUCCAUUCCCAAGGGAAUUCGAAGGCCUAGCACGGAUUUUUAACCGCUCGCACGCCGAGCCCGACAGUCAGACCUUAUCGGUAGAUGCUCCUUUCACUUAUCGUGCACCUUAGCAAGCUCUGCAGAUUAUUUUCCAUGUUCAGUUCCGACAGACUAACGGUGCCAGAAUAUGUCAGCCGGCUUCAGACCCGGAGGACCGGCUCUGACCCAAGGGCGGUAUCGCCGGGUAUUAGCGCCGAUGCCCAGGCGGCCUUGGACACUUCGCUGCCAGCGCUCCGCUCCGCGAUUAAAACCCUGAAAUCGGCCAAAGACACCUCAGAUCUCGACGAGACAAGGCGAGCCAUCGCGGAGACUUUCCAGCUGGUGGAGGAGGCCUGGGUUUUGCCCGCCGUAGGGCGUCAGGUUGCCGAGGAGAUUUGCAACAGAAUCCGCCUGGACGGAGGUUUGGAGCUGCUCCUGCAGCUGCUGCAGACGCCUGCGGUGGAAAUCAAGUACGAAUCCGCCAAGCUGCUGGAGCAGAUACUGGUGUCAGAAAACAGGGACUACGUGGCCCGCAUGGGGCUGGGGGUGAUCCUGAAUCUGACACGGGCUCAGGAGGAUGCCCAACUGGCGCGCAGCGUGUCGGGCAUCCUGGAGCACAUGUUCAAGCACGGCGAGGAGACGUCGGCGCAGCUCAUCGACCAUGGCGCCCUGGACGCCCUGCUGUUCUGGUGCCGCGGCACGGACCCCACCGUGCUCCGCCACUGCGCCGUGGCGCUCGCCAACUGCGCCGUGUACGGCGGCCACCGCUGCCAGAGGAUGAUGAUCGAGAAGCAGGCGGCCGAGUGGCUCUUCCCCCUGGCCUUCUCCAAGGAGGACGAGCUGAUCCGCUUCUACGCCUGCCUGGCGGUGGCGGUGCUGGCGGCCAACCGGGAGAUGGAGAAGGAGGUGGUGCGGUCGGGGACGCUGGAGCUGGUGGAGCCGUUCAUUGCGUCGCUGGACCCGGACGAGUUCGCGCGCAGCCUGCUGGACAGCGCCGACAGCAUGCAGGGCCGCACGGCCGCCGACCUGCAGCAGCUGCUCCCCCUGCUGGACGGAACCCGCGUGGAAGGGAAGUGCAUCGCCACCUUCUACCUGUGCGUGGAGGCCAGCAUCAAGUCCCGGCAGCGCAACACCAAGAUCUUCCAGGAGAUCGGCGCGGUGCAGAGCCUGAAGAGGAUCGUGAUGUACUCCAGCAACGGCACCACCUGCGCCCUGGCCAAGCGGGCGCUCGGCAUGAUGGGAGAGGACGUCCCGCGCCGCAUCCUGCCCUCCGUGCCCAACUGGAAGAGCGGAGAGGUGCAGACCUGGCUGCAGCAGGUUGGCUUCAGCACCUACAGCCAGCGCUUCCAGGAGCUGCAGGUGGAUGGUGACCUCCUCCUUAGCAUCACUGACCUGGAUCUGCGCACUGACCUGGGCAUGUCUGCAGCACUCACCCGCAAGAGAUUUCUGAGAGACCUCCGCGUUCUGAAGACCUACGCUAACUACUCCACCUGUGACCCUAACAACCUGGCGGACUGGCUCGCGGAUGUGGACCCCCGGUUCCGCCAGUACACCUACGGCCUGGUCCAGUCCGGCGUGGACCGCAAGAACCUGCUCCACAUCACCGACCAGCAGCUGCAGAACGACUGCCUGGUAGAGAAUGGGAUCCACCGCGCCAAGAUCCUGGCUGCGGCCCGCCGGCCCUGCCAGCCCUCCCUCACCGACGCCCAGCCCUGCGGCCCUGAUGUCUUCAUCAGCUACCGCCGCACGACCGGGUCCCAGCUGGCCAGUCUGCUGAAGGUGCACCUGCAGGUUCGGGGUUUCAGCGUUUUCAUUGACGUGGAGAAACUGGAGGCCGGGAAGUUUGAGGAGAAGCUGAUCCAGAGUGUUCGGCGAGCCCGGAACUUCAUCCUGGUCCUCUCGGCCAACGCGCUGGACAAGUGCAUGGGGGACACGGACAUGAAGGACUGGGUACACAAGGAGAUUGUCACCGCCCUGAAAGGGGAGAAGAACAUUGUUCCUGUCACCGAUAACUUCCAGUGGCCCGACCCCACCUCCCUACCUCUCGACAUGAGAGCCAUCCUCAACUUCAACGGCAUUAAAUGGUCUCACGAGUACCAAGAGGCCACCAUUGACAAGAUUCUGCGUUUCCUACAGAGGGGCCCCAGCCAGGACCUGCCGGACUCUGCAGCGAGUGCUCCAGGCCCCCUGGGGGCCGAGCAGGAUUAGGCCCCAUAGAGGUGUCGCCUCUGCUGACCCUGCUGACAGACCCACACUGAGCAUGCCCCCUACCCUGCCUCUGAUAGGCCAGCCUCCCCCUCUGCUGAGUGCUCAUGCUGAGUCUGUCUGCAGAGAAAGUGCAGUGCCCUGGGGCUGGGGUGACGUCAGUGUCCCUGUGGGAGAGGGGAAACGUUAGGCUCUAUCAGAAGCGCUGUGUCUUUACUGCCUUCUCCCUCUUUUUCACCCACGUAUGGUAAUACCAGUUAUACUUAAGAUCAUCUCACCGUGACAACCUUGCUCAGGAGCAAUCCUCCCAUACAUCCACAUGUCAGGGCAGCUGUUUAUCACAUGCGCUGACAUCACCAACAAGUAACUCAGGUGCCCUGACAGGUGUAACAUGAAGACACUCUGGCCGUCCUACCCACUACCCCUAUUCCCGGCACCAAGAAGCCGAUUUGUCCCGCUGCUAUGGGAUCUCUGUCACUACCCGCAAAUGACCUGGCUGGGAUCAAACCCGAUCUGCAGCGAUCGGCCUGCGCUGAGGCUGAGAGCCUUGCUGGCUGAGCCACUCGUGAUCCCUGAGUGUGUCUUUCUGAAGGCCUGAGGCUGCCUGUCUCUCAGGAAUAUUCCUGCCUCCAGCUUUCGCUGUCAACACACCUGUCACCUGUCACCUCAGCGCUCUGCGCCAUUAAAUCCCUCCAGCACUGCUGAUGUCAUCAGUAUCCUCUCAUCUCCUCCUCUGUGGUUUGGUGCAUCCGAGUGCUCUCUGUGUCAGCUCCUGAGUCUGAGCAGUGCCUAUGAGAGGUGUGUGUAUACAGUGUUGUGCGAGAGUGUUCUUUUUCAUGGUGCAUGUUCAUCCAUAAUGCCUCUGUCAUUAUUAUC